GCUGCGAUGUUUGCUGCGGUUGCUUGUCAAAGAAUCGUCAUCCUAAAUCAACAUCAACAGACAGUGAGUCUGUCAUGCGCUUUCUUGAUUCACCUGAAACUGAGUUAAAUUUCUGUUCAUCUGCUUUCCUUCCCAAAAUCGUGCGAAACAUCAUAAAGGAGAAGCAACUAAGUCUCAUAACUGAUGAUACGACUCCAUUUAACACUACCUUUACAGCUAUUGUUCUUACUUGCAUAAUUCCAGAAAUUGCAGAGGGAAUAGAAUUCUAUUCUAUGAACGACGACUUUUCUGUGGACGUCAUCACAGAGGAAUUAAAUGCAUAUGUGACUAAUGUUAUGAAAGUUAUCACAAAUGAAGGAGGGGAUAUAAUUUACAUAGAAGAUGGCGUUCUUCACUGCUUAUGGCAUAUAGAACAUGCCAAUAUCAAUCAAGUCUCGGACCAUGUGCUACGAUUAGCUUUGUAUUUACAAACCGAAUUCGGCGAUACAAAGAGGAUGCUGGGUCAGAAAUUAAGAAACCAAAUAGGAAUUGCGACUGGAGAACUGAAUAUGCUUUUUGUAGGAUUAGAUACAGUUUACUUUGUAAGUAUUGGUGAGGCCGUUAAAGAAUCAGUUGCUUUGUCAAAAUUAUGCGGUAAAGGAGAAGUAGUGGCAUCGCCAUCCUUUUGGAAAAAUCUGGAUACAGCUGAAGACUACAAAUGGCAAGUUCUAAGUGAUGAUUCCACAGCGGUGUAUUCGAGUAAUAAAGCGUUCAUUCCAGUUGAUAACAGCAAAGAAGGUAAUCUAGAGCUAUUACAGAUUUAUGAUGCUGAAAUUGGAGAUUUUAUCAAUAGAUAUCUUCAUCCUUUGUACAAAAAUGUACGAACUAAACAGCAGCUUCAGAUUCUGUCAUCUAUGGCUCAGUUGGUGGUUAUCGUAACUAAAAUCUCUGACAUGGACUUAAAGGAACCGGAUUCCCUACAGGAUGCAACCCUUGAAAUCCAGGCUAUCGUGCAAGAAUACGAAGGUAAAUUGAUGAACAUAAUUUACAAUGGGGACGUAUUAUUCAUAAUACUGUUCGGAUAUCCCGGAUUCACCCAUACAGACGAUGCUGUCAGAAGCAUUUUGUGUUCUCAAAAAAUAGUCAAAUCACUGAAAUCGUUAAAUUUGAAGGUUUCAAUCGGAAUUUCUACUGGUUUGGUAUUCUGUGGAGUUCUAGGCCCACCUCUGAGGCAAGAAUGUUGCGUGCUAGGUAUGUCUGUGCACAUUGCCUUAACACUGGUCGAACAGUUCCAGGAUUGGGAGAUGGUAUGUUGUAUUAAUACUUUUUUCCGAACUCGGAGAAUGGUGGGAGAGAUCUUCACUCCUCUGAGAAAGAGAAUGAGAGCAGUAAGAGGUGCCAGCGUCUUUUUUCAUGUGCACUCUGAAAUCCAAAUAUUCAACUCCUCCGCUGUAAAGUGCAUUGGGAGGUCCGCAGAGAAAAAGAUGAUCACUGAUUCUCUAAAGGAAAUAAAAAAGGGAAUGGAUGAAUUGGAUGUACUUAUGCCUUUGAUAAACAUCAGAGGGAAAAUGGGACUAGGAAAAACUACUCUUUUGAAAUGGGCUCUUCAAGAGGCAUCCAAAGUCGGAUUUAAGUUUAUAAUACCAGUAAAUAAUCAUGUUUUUGAAGAAACAUACGACAAUGCCUGGAGUAUCGUAAACUCUAUUCUUCAACAAUGCUUAAUGGACACUGAAGAAAAGAUUUUAGCAUCGAUUGGCAAAGAUGCUGAAAAGUUCCCAUUGUAUUUACUCAAUAAGCAUUUGAAUACUUCGGUAAUAUGUUCCAUUCUACCAAUUUAA